CCCGCCUCGGCCUCCCAAAGUACCAGGAUUACAGGCCCGAGCCACUGCGCCUGGCCUACACCCUUGAAGACCCCACAGCCAAGGUCCUCCAGCCCCGCUCUGCGUGGCGCUCUGGUCUUGGGGCUCGGGACUCUGUCAUCACGAGCAGGGGCCAGUCCAAUCUUGCACCCUUGUCUGGCACCGUCCCUGGAGCCUUGGCGUCCUGGCCUCUCCUCUCCGCCGGCUGGGGGUGGAGUGGCCCGGUCGGACGGAGACAGUGCACAAAGCCGAUGGCGAGUGCCGCGGUCGGUUUGGCCCCGCCGCUCUUCGAGGCAGCAGCCACCCUGGGGAAGGUGGAUGCCCGGAAGGGGCGUUGCCUGCGGGUCACCCAGAGGUCACCGGCGGGAAAUUCCGGGGGUGGGAGUGAGGAGAGGUGGGAGAGGCCAGGGCAGAGGGAGGCCCCGCGUAGGCUGGGAAGCAUCGCCUGGUGCGGGCCUGGCAUUCCAGGGUCAGCGACUUCGCCGCAGAGCGACCGCGCCGGUUCUCAGAGCGCCUCCCCGAGCCACACUAGGAGCGCUGGACCGCGGGGGAGAGGCUCGGAGGGCGGCCAGCUCCCAGCAAGGCGACCUAGAGGGCAGGUAGAGGGCCCGGACCCUCGCCAGCCCUCUCUGCCCGUUCUCCCUGCGCCGGGGCGCUCCAGGUCCCAGCCCCGAGCCCUAGUGGCUCCCCACUCCAUGACCUCUAGACGCCCCGUCGGGUCCAGACCGGAUAGGCAGGGCGCGAGCGCCCGGGCGGAGGGGCCGCGGGAGCUCAAGCGGGGCUCGGUGCGCGCCCCAGCCGCCGGCCUGCGCUAUCCCUGCAGAUGUCGGGAGCUAUCUUUGGGCCUCCGGAGGGCCCGAGCGCCCUGGACGCCGCUGGCGUCCACCCGCUGGUGUGCCCGCUGUGCCACGUGCAGUACCAGCGCCCGUGUCUUCUGGACUGCUUCCAUGACUUCUGUGCCGGCUGCCUUCGUGGCCUCACGACCGACGGCCGCCUCAUGUGCCCACUGUGCCAACACCAGACUGUGGUGAAGGGUCCCAGCGGGCUCCCGCCGGUGGACCGGCUGAUGCAGUUCCUGGUGGACAGCUCCGGGGAUGCCGUGGAGGCGGUGCGCUGUGCCAACUGUGACCGGGAGUGCAGCGAGCAGGCAGGAGCAUCAGGGGCGGGUGGGUGGGGAGUGAAGGGUCCCAGGUUGCACAGUCUCCAAUGUUUGCACAUGCACCUAGCAUGUCCUCAGAGGACCACCUGCCAGUGGAUUCCCCAGCACCUCCCUAAGGCACCUUGGCCCCGAAUGUGGGCCCCAUUAUACCCAGGGGGAGACUGAGGUCAGAACAAGGGACUUGAGGCAGUGUCCAGAUAGUGGCCAUUCGAUCUGGGGAGGGCUCGCUGGUCUCCACCUCAGGGUGGAGCUGUGGACUCAAGCAGGAAGGGUGGUCCAGCCUGCAGGCCUGGGCCGAUCCCAGAGGACCUCUGCUACCCAAGUGGCACAGAAGCAGCUACAGCCCGGCGGAGGUGAGGACAGCGUGCUGUUCCCCUGGGCUGUAAAGGACACUGGGGACUCUGGCCUGCGGAGGCCGGAAAGGGUACCGGGAAUCCCAUGAGGACGGCCCUACAGGGACAAAAGCUCCGGCGAUCUGGGCAAGUGCUGAGAAAUGUGGGAGCCAGAGGUACAGAGAGGAUGAACAGGAGGCAGGGACUCCAGGGAGAGCCUGUUCUGUCACCCACUGCCUGUCCCCACACCAGGGCUGCAACACAAGCCCUGGCCUCCCAGCCCUGGGUCUGGCUUGGGGAGGAUAACCAGAAAGCCCUCCCUGCUCUUCUCCUCCCCGCUGAGGUGUGACUCUGGACGGCCAGGGUGCACACCACCUUUUGGCCACUAUUGAGUGUGUCAAGAGGUCAGUGAGAGGCCUUCAGACCCCUUUUGUUGCAGGUAAAA